UCUGUCUUUUAUCAAAAGUUGGAAAAAAAAGACAGCAAUAACCGUUCACAAAAAUUGCUGCGACUUGACUUUUUUCCAAAACUUUCAGAUAUACUAAUUUGAAUAAUUUUCUGUCUUUCCACGUCUUAGAACGUAUCGCCCUUGAACCCUACCUCACAGAGUGAAAGAGAAAACAUCGCCAAUGUUUUGUAGGAGUAAGAUUAAUAAACACAAACGAUACCAAUCAAUAUUACGAGUAUCUUUUACCUAGAAAUGGUUAGCACCCCUUGCAGAUAAAGUUACAAAGCUUGGUCAAAUUCACCGUCAAACUACUGUUAAUUCACUACGGAGGCGGGACAAAAAUAGUAAACAGUAGGACGCGAGGUUCAUCCAUACGCAUGCGUGGGUACGGCUGGCUUACAUCUACUAAGGAACUGAAGAGUUCAGAACCUCAAGAGUGUGAGUGCGCAUCCUCAACAGGGUGCUGCACACUGGCCGUAUAACUGAAGUGGGCAGGUUUACUCGAAAGAAGUGUCAGCCUGAUAAAACUCCAUAAAACAUUACAAACCAUAUGCAAAGCACUAUACGACCCCAGCGGGGUAAUCCCAGUUGAAGGUGUAAUGAAAAAGAAUUUAAAAGUAUCAGACGAGUCGGCACGCAGCGCAGUCUGACAUUCCCGACCCUAAAGGGAUCAUUCUCUUCGUCCCCUAGUUCCUGUAAGUGGAGGCAAGAGACAGAGACAGAGAAGAGUCACGGUACCAUAACAAUGACAGAUGAGGAGUCAGCCCCUGCACCAAAUGCAAGCUGUAAGAUCAUGACUUUCACACCUACGAUGGAGGAGUUUAGAGACUUCAACAAAUAUUUGGUUUACAUGGAGUCUCAAGGUGCUCAUCGGGCAGGCCUUGCAAAGGUGAUUCCACCAAAGGGCUGGCGACCUCGAAAGCACUAUGAUGACAUUGACGAUCUAGUUAUCCCUGCUCCAAUCCAGCAAAUAGUUACUGGUCAAUCUGGUCUUUUCACUCAGUAUAAUAUUCAGAAAAAGCCAAUGACUGUGAAGGAAUUCAGAAAGUUAGCCAACAGUGACAAAUUUUGCAGUCCUCGUUACUUCAGCUAUGAAGAGUUAGAACGGAAGUACUGGAAAAACUUAACGUUUGUAGCGCCAAUCUAUGGAGCAGAUGUUAAUGGAAGUCUUUAUGAUAAAGAGGUAGACGAAUGGAAUAUUGCCCACUUGAAUACUAUUUUGGAUGUCAUAGGAGAAGUUUGCAGGAUUUCUAUUGAAGGUGUUAAUACACCGUAUCUUUACUUUGGCAUGUGGAAGACAACAUUUGCAUGGCAUACAGAAGACAUGGACCUUUACAGCAUCAACUACCUGCACUUUGGCGAACCCAAAUCAUGGUACGCAGUGCCUCCUGAACAUGGAAAACGACUAGAGCGACUUGCCCAGGGGUUCUUCCCAAACAGUUUCCAAGAAUGUAAUGCCUUUCUGCGCCACAAGAUGACCCUGAUCUCUCCGUCAGUCCUAAGGAAGUAUGGAAUCCCUUAUAAUAAGAUCACUCAAGAAUCAGGGGAGUUUAUGAUCACAUUUCCUUAUGGAUACCAUGCUGGUUUCAAUCAUGGCUUUAACUGUGCAGAGUCUACUAACUUUGCAACUGUUAGAUGGAUUGAUUAUGGGAAAAUAGCUAAUCUGUGUACAUGUAGCAGUGACAUGGUAAAAAUAUCUAUGGAUACGUUUGUCAAAACAUUUCAGCCAAAGAGGUACCAACUUUGGAAGCAAGGAAAAGAUAUAUGCACAAUUAAUCAUUCAUUACCAACUCCUGAGUCAACACCUGAGUUGAAGGCAUGGCUUCGAAGAAGAAAGAGAUCCAAGGCACAUUCUGAACGGUCCCAGUGUACCAGAUCUAAGUCUAAAAAAUUAAAGAUUCCUGGCAAUGGAAAUACAUCUGCUGCUGUGGAUACUUCAGGAGCAGAGGCUGCAGAAAUAGUUACAGAUGACUUCAGGGUCAAAGAUGAAUCAUCAGAUGGAGUGGACUUAAAUGCCAAAGCAAUUUCUGAAGAACAAACAAAUGUUUGCGAAAAACAACUGGAUCACAAGCCACUGCAUAACACCAGUUCUCGCGGGAAUACAAGUUCUGAAUCAUUGACUAACCCUGAACUGAGUAACCAACUCGUAGGACUUGAGAAGGACAGUAUGAAUACUACGUAUUUGAAUUCUACCGGUCUAGAUGAACCAGAUGUGUUUCAAAGAGCAGCAGUUAGCUCAUCAAAUAAAGAUUUUCAGGAAUCUGAAAAUACAUCAGAAGAAUAUGAUGUGCCAGAUACAAAUUUAUCACGUCACCAGCCAUAUGAGUCCACUGCCCUCAAGUAUGAAAACCUUGAAAAAGAAGAAACAAGUAGUGCUUCCACAGAUGAAGAAACAAGUGAUACUGACAGCAGUGAGGCCAGCCUGGAACCUGGAGAAGUACAGAGUUUGUUUAUAAACAGUGGAGAGACUAAGAAAACCAAAAGUUGGCGCCAUCCUUUGAGCAAGCCUCCUCCAGCAAGAUCUUCAGCAUCUGCCGGGAAUCCUCAGGAGACCAGUGAUGAAGAAAUGCUUUACAUGCCAGUAGUAGAACCAGUCAGACUGCAUGAAACUGAGCCUUGGGCAAAACCUCUAACGCAUCUUUGGCAAUAUAAAGAUCAUAACUUCCUUGCAGAGAGGGAGUACAAUGCAGCUGUUGCUAACAUUGAGCCAUACUGUGCUAUUUGCACCAUUUUCUUACCAUACUAUCAGCCUGACAGCUGUGGUGAUAAAAAUGCAAUUCUGAUGGAAGCAAAAUCGAGUAAAUUGCCAAUGACAGGUCAGAGAACAAAGCCAUUAGUAUCUGAAAUUUGUUUCAUCAACAAUGAAGAAAAUGCUGUAACCUGCCCACCCAGUGAAUUUACAGAAGAUGAUGGAAAGAGUCAGCUGAUCUCCUGUUCCCAUUGCUGUGUUCAGGUUCAUUCAAGUUGUUAUGGUGCUCCCCCACCUGAAAAUUCUAAAUCAUGGAUGUGCUGUCGUUGUAGUAAUGGAGCAUGGAAAGCAGAAUGCUGUCUUUGCAGUUUGAGAGGUGGUGCACUCAAGCAGACUACUGACAGGAGGUGGAUUCAUGUCAUCUGUGCAAUUGCAGUUCCAGAAGUUCGAUUUGUUAGUGUAGCAGAACGAUCCCCCAUAGACGUGAAGAAAAUCCCUUCUCAGAGACUGAAAUUAAAAUGUGUGUUCUGCCAGAAGCAGACAAAGGAACAUAAAGGAGCCUGUGUUCAGUGUUCUUUAGGACGGUGCCCCACAUCCUUCCAUGUUACCUGUGCUCAUGCUGCAGGUGUGAUGAUGGAACCAGAUGAAUGGCCGAGCGCAGUCUACAUCACUUGCUAUAAACACAAGAUGAAUGUAAGCUGGAAAAGUACUAACUCCAGAGAAUUAUCAGUUGGGGAGACAGUUGUAGCAAAAUACAGAAACAGCAGGUACUACAACUGUAGAGUAAUAGGACGGACAUCUCAAACUUUCUAUGAAGUCAUGUUUGAAGAUGGCUCUUUCAGUAAAGACACAUUUCCUGAAGAUAUUGUUAGCAGAAACUGUUUGUUGCUGGGACCACCUGCAGUUGGAGACAUUGUCCAAGUGAAGUGGACAGAUCAGAUGCUGUACAAUGCCACCUAUCAUGGGUCAAACAUUAUUCAUAUGUACCAGGUGGAAUUUGAAGAUGCAUCGCAGCUUACUGUGAAGAGAGAGGAUAUUUAUGCACUGGAUGAAGAACUUCCAAAGAGGGUUAAAGCACGCCUGUCUGCAGCAUCAGACAUGAGAUUUGAAGAUGCUUUCUGUGGAAAAGACAUAAUGCCAACACAACAGAAAAGGAAAAGAACUGAAAGUUCCAAAUACAAAAAUGAAUAUGUAGAUGAUGCAGUAUUUUGUGCAUUUCUGAAAAGCACUUGCCAAAGCCAGCGUCACAAAGGACAAUAAAAAUAUGUCAUAUCUUUUUUUUUUUGGGGGGGGGGUGACUGAGGAAUGCCUGGCAAAGGCUGCAUAAUAUUGUCAGUCCAUAUGCGUGUAGCUUUCUGUUUGUAGAGAUGUAGGCCAUGUCUCUACUUCGAAAAAAAAAAGUAUUCAGCAGCAUCCUAAAUUUUAUGGAACUGAAGGUGAGCUUCACACCAUGAAUGACUCCAUACAUCCAAAGCCUGCACACCACUGAAGGGAAGAUAAAGAUGAACUUUUUGAUAUUUAAACAAGUAUCUGUGGAUGUCCUUCCACUCAUGUGUUGCAGUAUUCCUUACAUUUUGGGAUUCCCCUGCCUUGGCAGACCAACUUAUGGUCGUGAGAGGCACCUAGGCAAAAUAAACACUUUUCGUGGUGGUCUUUACGGGAAAUCUGUCUCCUGCACUGCCAUUUACCUUUUGUGGAAGACAUUAACCCCCAGAAGCAUCUGAAAGUCAAGAAAAAACAAACCCCCAGGGGGGCACUUAUCUGCAAUGGCUUGGAGACCAGCAAACAGGAAGCUCAGACCAACGAUCAAGAAGCAUUCGGACUGGCUGCAAGGACAUAGGCGUUCAGACCAGACCAAUGAUGCAGAGAUGCAUUUGGACUUGUGGGAAAGUUCUGAGGAUGGUACAUCUGGACAUCACCUUGCCCUAUGCUAUGCAAGGAGCAUACGUGUGAUGUACGGCAUACCUUAAAGCAACAGUAGGCUUUUGUAUACUGGCCGGAUGUCGGGCUGCUGAGGCAAGGAAUCCCAAAAUGUAAGGCGUACUGCAACAAUGACGGAAAGGACAUCCACUGCUAUGAUAAGAUUUUACAAAACUGUACUUUAUCCUGUACUGUGUUAAGUUCAGUUACAUCAAGUGGCUUUUUAUCUGGUUUCUUAGAUUAUGAUUCAUUGUAAUUGCAUGCACUUUAAUAGUGUGAGCUGGUGGUUUACUGCAGUGGUUUUUUUUCACUUUUCUCCACUAUUGUGCAACUUUGGAGCUGGUAUAGGUAAGGAUGGUGUAGAGGGCAAAGUGAGAAUGCAAAAAAAAAAAAGUUUUUUCUCUUUUUAUUAAGUUUUCAGUUAUGUUUCUCCAUUUAGAAAAUUGGUGAAGUGUAACAUAUUGUGGCGAUAUGAUGGGCCAUAGGUAAACCAGUAUUAGCUUACAGCUACAGCCCAAUGGAUCUUGUUGGUACUUGUUGGUUUGGCCUCUGCUGUGUAGCACAUUAUUUUUCUUUGGCUGAGUUAAUUUUCACAAAGUGAGCAUUUUUAUAGUCAGUACUCCUCAUGGAUAACUUUCUAUUGCCUGCACAGCAGAAACUUAAACUGGAACUGGGGGCUUGAAAUGAAAUUGUCAAGCACUUAAUGAUGGCACAGUGGUGUUUUAGCAGAAUAACAUACUUCCAGGUCAUAACUUGGUAAAAACAUUUAUCCAAUUGUGUGAUAAAUUUCAGGGAAAUGCUAGUUUUCUAGAGAUAUGUAUAAAAUGUAGUAUACAGAGAGAUUUUAAUGACUUCCUCAUGAAUGGUGUUUUGAAAGCGUACCUUCAUGUCUUCUUUUGUACAGUGCUUCUGCAUUUAUACUGCUGCUGUUUUAAGUGGCAUUUACACUGAUUUGGCAUACAACAUAGACAGUUUUGAGCUUCUAAGAGAAAAAUAAAUUGCUAAUUGAAAUAGGAUUUUUUAUAUAUUUCAUAAGCAAAAAUAUAUUGCAGUUAGAACUUUAAAGAAGUUUCUUGUUUAUGUUUUUAUUGGGAGUGCAAAAAUGAUUUGCAAUUUAGAAAUCUUUGGAAAUGUGUUUGUUAAAUAACACUUUAAUAUAAAAUGAACUCUAUGAACUAUAUUUACAAUAAUUUAAUGUCUUCCUUUGCACUAGAUUAAACUCAUAAUAAACAUAUUUUAAAAUGA